AUGCGCGAAUGGACGGUGAUCUUUGUCUCCGCUUGCGUCGAGACCGUCCGUAUUCGUAAAGUUCAAAAGCCAUCCAGGCAGAUGAGUAGUGUUCGUGAAUUCGAUUAUCUCGUUAUUGGAGGCGGUUCUGGAGGUAUUGCCUCAGCACGUCGUGCUCGAGAAUUUGGAGUAUCGGUCGCGCUUAUUGAGGAAGGACGCUUGGGCGGAACUUGCGUCAAUGUAGGGUGCGUCCCAAAAAAAGUCAUGUUCAAUUGCUCAAUGCAUGCGGAAUUUAUCCGUGAUCAUGCUGACUAUGGUUUUGAUGUCACCUUCAACAAAUUUGACUGGAGCGUGAUCAAAAAGUCACGAGAUGAGUACAUUCGGCGCUUAAACGGUAUCUAUGAAAGCAAUCUCAACGGUUCCAAAGUAGAGCUUAUUCGGGGACGAGGAGCAUUUGCCGAUGAUGGAACAGUAGAGGUGAAUGGGCAAAAAUACAAGGGAAAACAUACGCUAAUAGCUGUUGGAGGCAAGACAGAGAAAAUCCAUUUUUCUAGCACCAAUUUUCGACGCUUCCCGACUAUUCCCUAUAUUCCUGGCGCAGAGUACGGCACGGACAGUGAUGGCUUCUUCGAGCUUGAAAAUCUACCGAAGAAAAGUGUUGUAGUUGGUGCAGGGUACAUAGCAGUUGAGCUUGCAGGAGUCUUGGGCAAUCUCGGUUCUGACACACAUCUUUUGAUACGAUAUGAUAAGGUUCUUCGUACUUUUGACGAAACUCUUAGUACCGGCUUAACAGAAGCAAUGGACAAAGGGCCAGUUACUAUCCAUAAAAGAACACAGGUCGAGGAAGUAGAAAAACGUGCAGAUGGUCUUCUGACUGUCAAAACAAAUAAAGGAGUAAUUGAUGAAGUAGAAACUUUAAUUUGGGCAAUAGGACGUACUCCACACACAGCAAACUUGAACCUUGACAAGGUUGGCGUGAAAACAGACAAACAAGGGAACGUAAUUGUCGACGCAUUUCAAAAUACCUCUAAUCCUAAUAUACAGUGUAUUGGUGAUGCUGCUGGAAAGUUCUUACUCACACCAGUUGCCAUUGCCGCUGGUCGCCGUCUUUCUCAUCGCUUAUUUAACAACGAAUCUUCAAACUACUUGCCGUACGAAAAUAUCGCUACCGUCGUUUUCAGCCAUCCCACACUUGGCACUGUAGGACUUACAGAAGCUGAGGCCAUUGAGAAGUAUGGGAAGGAUCAGAUUAUGCUUUACAAAUCAAAGUUCAAUCCAAUGUAUCAUGCUGUUACCAAGCAUAAGGAACAAUGCAUUAUGAAGCUGAUAUGUGCCGGUCCUGAAGAGAAGGUUUGCAUUUGUCAGACUUUUUUGGGUAGCGCUUGUUUUGACAAGAAAGAAUGGUUAGCGAAAAUUGGUGUUUAAAU